UGUAUGUCUACGCUGCGGUCGACGUCCAGUGUCUUGUCAGUCACAGACACACCAUCAUUGUAAGUCUUCAUCACCAGAGUCAACGAGCAUCAUGAGGUACAGGGUGGUCACUACUUACCUCAUGUACCUGCUGUUUGUGCCAAGCCUGGCUCAAGAGUUAAGAGCUCGUGUGGUCGGUGGCACAGCAGACGCAGGACGUCUGGAAAUCUUUUACAAUGGAGCUUGGAACACAGUGUGUGAUGACGGUUUUGGACAGAAAGAAGCUUUGGUAGCCUGCAGAAUGUUAGGAUUCAACAGGACAACAGCAGUAGCUGUGGGGUCAGGCAAGUACGGAUCAGGCUCUGGUCCUAUUCUGUUCAGUGACCUGCAGUGUGUGGGGCACGAAACCAGCCUGGCGCAGUGUCAACACCCGGGGCUCUACAGACACUACUGUGACCACUCAGAGGAUGUCAGCGUCAUGUGCAACUUUACUCAAGAGUUCACAGCUCGUGUGGUCAAUGGCACAGCGGAGGCGGGACGUCUGGAAAUCUUUCACGAUGGAACUUGGAACACAGUAUGUGAUGACAGUUUUGGACAGGAAGAAGCUUUGGUAGCCUGCAGAAUGUUAGGAUUAAACAGCACAACAGCAGCAGCCGUGGGGACAGCCAAGUACGGAGCAGGCUCUGGUCCUAUUCUGUUCAGUGGCCUGCAGUGUGUGGGGAACGAAACCAGCCUGGCGCAGUGUCAAUACUCGGGGCUGUACAGACACAACUGUGAACACAGGCAGGAUGUCGGCGUCGCGUGCAUUACUCAGCAGAUGUCAGCUCGUGUAGUUGGUGGCACAGCAGACGCAGGACGUCUAGAGAUAUUGUACGAUGGAACUUGGGGCACAGUGUGUAACGAUGGAUUUGGACUGGAAGAGGCCUUGGUAGCCUGCAGGAUGCUGGGAUUUAACAGCACAACAGCAGUAGCCAUAGGGUCAGCCAAGUACGGAUCAGGCUCUGGUCCUAUUCUGUUCAGUCACCUGCGGUGUGUGGGGGACGAAACCAGCCUGGCGCAGUGUGAACACUCGGGGCUCUACAGGCUCUACUGUGAACACUGGCAGGAUGUCGGCGUCAUGUGCAAUAUCACCACACCAAUGACAGCCCGGUUGUAUGGCGGCACGUCUAAUGCAGGACGUCUAGAAAUAUCGGUCAACGGAGAAUGGACUACAGUGUGUGAGGAAGGAUUUGGACAGAACGAAGUAGAGGUGGCCUGCAGGAUGCUGGGACUCAACAGCACUGGGCAAGCAGCUGUGAAGUAUCUCCUAUUAAACGAUGGAUUACGAUUUCAAUUUGGGUACAUGGGGUGUCAAGGAAUGGAAACAAAUCUUCAACAAUGCUAUCUAGGACAACUUAACAAAAGCAGCUGCCUGGAUGUCGGUAUCAUUUCUGACUUCGAAAACUUUAGUCUGCGACUGACAGGACCUCGCCGUACAGACAGUAACAUGGGGCGUGUAGAAGUGGAGAUUGGAAGUAAACAAUUUAGUACAGUGUGUGUAAACAACGAGAAAACUGCCGCAGUCAUCUGCAGACAACUCAAAUUAACCCCAGAUAGAGCUGCACUGAUAGACGGUUGGUUUUUUGGACAAGACAGUCGCCCUUUACUUCAAGCUACAUUUGUUUGUGAGGGAACAGAGAGCAGCCUGGAUGACUGUGUGCGAAAUAACAUUGCGAAGAAAUGUUAUUCCAAUGAUGUUGGCAUCUCUUGCAGCAAAAGUUUUUAUAAGCCGUUGAUUACAAUAACAUGGACUAACAACACCGGGGAACAACAGUCCUUGUCAAGUCUUUCUGAGUUAAACCCUGGACACAACGUGACCCUGUGGUGUAAAGCUGACAGCAACCCUCUCCCCGCGUCCAUCACGUGGUCAGGAAGAGUGAACAGCACGACUGGGGAGUUACGGAUCCUAGCGGCAGACCACGUGACACACAGCGGUGUGUACACCUGUACCGUCGUCACUGGCACCGUUGAUGAUGACGACAGACUUCCGCUGACCUCAUCUUACGAGCUCACCCUCAGUGUUGAAGGUUGAAAUUUACUUUCAUUGUUUUUCUAAUAAUAAACGCAAAUAUUUUGUUGCAUUGUUCUUAGUCGUACUUUACAAUUUUUUCCUUAAUCCACAUUCAUGACACUAUUUAAAGGGACCAUGACACAUUGACACAACACGUGUUACAUGAUUUGCGUGCUACUACCAGCAGUACGAGUUGCUGCUUGUUAUUAUUUCUCGAGUCACGUGCCCGAUGUUAUUGUACACCUGCUGCGACACACCAACAAAAGGGCGAGUAACAGGUAAGCGAUUUAAACAUAGCUUUCAAGACAUCUGGUAUAACGGACAUUUUUGUCCAAGAUGUUUUCUGACCGCUUUACCAUCGAGUGUUGUGUGUGUGUGUGUGUUUUUUUUUAUACAUAUGUUGACCUCUCUCGAUUUGAAUGCGUAUCGUAGUCAGUAAUAAGUAUUCAUAAUUCCUUAUAUUAAUUGCAAUGAUAAGACAUAAAUCUAUUGUACUAGAAAAAAGAAUUAUUUAAACAGCAUUUAGUUUGCGUCUAUUUGAUAGUGUUGUUU